GUAUUCGACUUGGACUCGCAACCUCUUUUGUUGCCCGUUCUUCUAUUAUUACCAUACUUGCAGAUAUCCUCGUCUGCUAGGUCCGAUACUCCCCCACAGGUAUCGGUUUCUGCCAGAACGAGGCUUUAAACAAGGCGUCACCAUUUCUUGGUCAAAGGUCUUCUUUCUCCCCCUCCGAGCUCGACCACCCUAACGUCCUCUUCGUGAGACGUUAAAAAAAAAACUUGCUAUUGUAGCUGGCUCCGCCAGCAUUCACGGUUUCUCAUUAACCUGUGGGCCUACUCUCUCAAACGAACGCCGCAAGGUUCGUUUGGGCGGCAGUCAGUGCUCCGCGGUCGCUACAGUACCUCAUCUGCGGCAAACAUCCCGGUAUCAGAACAACAAGCCAGCUCCUCUUAAUCAUUUCGGCUGCUCGCCUCUAGGGUCCCUGUACGGAGAUGGUCAACCUCGAUAUUCCCACCAAUUAUACAUUUUCGCCAUCUGAUGGUACCCCCCAAUUGACAAUCAAUCAUGAUGUUGCUUCGGAUCUAGACUCCACCAAUGCCUUCGAAGGCCCGGAAAAGUUGCUCGAGGUUUGGUUCGCCCCUAACCCUAAAGCUCUCCCGGCCGGUGUUAAGGAGAAUGGCUUAAAGUCGGUUUCCAGUGAGACCUGGGUUGAGAUGCUUGACAUGGUCAAUUGCAAGAUUCUCUCGGUCCUUGAAGCUGAGCACAUGGACGCCUACCUGCUUUCCGAGUCCAGCAUGUUCGUGUUUCCGCACAAGCUUAUCCUCAAAACGUGCGGUACUACUACACUUCUUCUCGGUCUUCACAGGCUGCUUCGAAUCGCUGCCGAACAUGCCGGGUUCCCUUUCCAUAACGCUACCUCCCUAAACGAUAUCCAUGCUGCCGCUACGCCAUAUCGAGUAUUCUACUCCCGAAAGAACUUCCUAUUUCCCCAGAAGCAGCAGGGUCCUCAUCGUAGCUGGAAGCAGGAAGUCAAGUAUCUUGAUGACAUGUUCGAGGGAGGAAGCGCUUAUAUGGUUGGAAAGAUGAAUGGUGAUCAUUGGUACCUAUACAUCACCUCACCGUCAACGAGCUUGACGCCACCCCGUACGCCGGACAGUGAAAAGGCAUCUAUGAACCCUACCAGAAAGUUAAAGAUUUCUACCGGCCUUACUUCCGCCUUCAAUGGAGGUUUAGAGGUCAAAGAUGAAACACUCGAGAUUUUGAUGACGGACCUGGAUCCAGAGAAUGCGAAGAAAUUCUAUCUAGAGCACGCGAGUGCGGUCGCGAGCACUAGGCUCUCUGAGCAGGUCGAGGAAGCACGGCAGAUGGCUAUUGACAGUCUUGGAGACCUAUCGAACAGUACCGCUACGCUCAAGACCAUAAGCACGGUUGAGAGCGCAUUUGAUGACACAGUUGACGUGUUCAGCAACGGAAGCGACUCUGACCUGCAUGAUGCUCAUACCCCACUCUCUGAGCAAGCGGAUGCUGAGUGCCUAAACACAGAAGGGCAUGCACUUGGGACCGUGGUAUCAGAUGCUUGUGGCCUUUCGGAUGUGUAUCCCACUUCUAAAUAUCCCGAUGCCCGUAUCGAUGCCUACCUUUUUACUCCGUGCGGUUUCUCGGCCAAUGGCAUUAUCCCGGCCCCUCAUAAUCAGGAACAUGAUGAGGAUGCUAAGUCCACUCAUUAUUUCACUGUGCAUGUGACCCCUGAGCCGAUCUGCUCGUUCGCUUCGUUCGAAACCAAUGUCCCGGGCGGGCAGAAUGGGCGUGAAACCUCGGAAAUUAUCGAUCACGUGGUUCGGAUCUUCAAGCCUGGACGAUUCAGCGUCACGCUUUUCGAGGCUAAGACAAUUCAUGCGUACAAUAGCGACGAAGUUCUAGCCGGCCGCAACAAGCGUAUGGAGAAAAUCCCGGGGUAUCGACGCAUGGACCGCAUUGUCCACGAUUUUGACGAUUACGAACUUGUCUUCCGGUAUUAUGAGCGGGAGGAUUGGGUUGGUGGAAGCGGACCCCGCGUUGGAGAAGAUCUUUGAGGGAUAAUUGGACUAUCGGCACACUCUACGUCUGAUUUUCUUCAUCUUUUUUUGGUUCGCGUUACUUUAUAUUAUGUUCUCGAAAUUUCGUGAUAGUUAGCUGGCAUGUUUGCGGGGGAAAUUGAGUAUGUGUAAUAACUGUUAGGUGGUUAGGAGACUAAUGUUUUUUUUGUCCUUUGGUAUUUCAUCAAGCUGUUCCAGAAUGACAAGACUAAGACACAACACAGCCAUUCUUUAGUAAUUGAAUCUCAUAUCUUCUGAAUUACAAGAAUCAUGCCAUUUGACUAGGAAUCAGUUGGGAAACCCAAAGAGAAAUUACUUCCACAAUUUCAUAGUGACGUAUCUUAUUAAUUUACUCGAUGCGUCAGUGUGCUGUGCUUGAAAACAUGAACACCUAAGGCAGUAGAAAUCCCCUUUCGAUCCAGUUGGUUAUGGAUUCAACAAU